AUGAAUGACUCUAAAAAUGUACUAAGGUUUUUGCACAAGAAUAUUUUCACUCAGUUUGGAGUACCUCGAGCCAUCAUUAGUGAUGAGGGAACCCACUUCGAUAACAAGUUGAUGGCCAAGGAACUAAGGAGAUAUGAAGUUUGUUAUAAGAUUGCCAUGUUAGCUGGGGAGCAGAGAUUACUGGAACUUAUUGAAAUGAAAGAGUUUAGGACACAAGUAUAUGAAAAUGUGCGGAUAUACAAGGAAAAAACCAAGAAGUGGCACAACCAAAAACUAAUGCCACAUCAUUUUCAUGUUGGCCAACAAGUGUUGCUUUAUAAUUCCAGACUUAAACGUUUUUCUAGGAAGCUUAAAUCUCGAUGGUCAGGACCAUUUGAGGUGCAUUAUGUUUAUCCCCAUGGAGUUGUUAACAUCAAGAACAUAGAUGAUGGGAUGAUCAACAAAGUCAACGGCCAGCGUCUAAAAGCUUACAAUAGAGUUCCACCACUGAUCGACAAGACAAUGAUGUACUUGCACGAUGUUGGAGUGUGCCCAACUGAAAACCAAAUUUCAAGGCCACGACAAUAA